AUGCAGAGCGCGCGUUCGCGCAACCUCCGAAUGGAGUAGUCGGAGGUUUCAUUUUGCCGCGACUGCGCUGUACGCAGUAAAACCUUAUUACGAAAAUAUGUGUGAAAUUUAGAUAUCUAAGUGUCGAUAGUGUAUUACAGUGACGAUAGUGCAGUGCUGUGUUAUGAUAUAGUUGACGGAGCGCAGGCGCAGAUCUAUUUACCUCAUGGCGGGGUCUGGAGGCACGGAGUGGAGUGAGGGAGCGGCCGUGUGGUUCCAGCCGGCCGGCGCCUCCGCCCCGCUGCCGGGCGAACUGAUCGAAGUCCACCGCGCCGCUAGGGUCCUGCUCGUCAGCGCUUCUGUUAAUGGACAGCCACAAACAUUCGCUUUACAAAUGGGUAACGGUGAAGAAGAGGGCGAUCCCAUAUGGCCGCGGGAGGAGCUCGGUCCCACUGGAGUGGACGACAUGACCAGGCUGCAUGACCUCCAUGAAGCUGCCCUGCUUUGGAAUUUGAAGCUCAGAUACGAACAAGGCCUGAUAUACACAUAUGCUGGAUCCAUCCUGGUCGCUGUGAACCCAUACCGGCCAGUUGACGCGUUAUACGGAUUGCAAACUGCUAGACGGUAUCACGCGGCAGAAGCGCUGGGUGAUUUACCGCCCCAUCUUUUUGCGAUCGCUGCCGCGGCCCGCGCCGCAUUACCCCAACCACAAGCCAUAUUAAUAUCUGGGGAGUCUGGCGCAGGAAAGACUGAAUCAACGAAACUAGCUGUUCAAUUUCUAGCUGCGGUCGCCCCAGCGCCCCCGGGAAGAGCUCCCGUCUCUGAACAGAUCUUAGAAGCCGCGCCAUUGUUAGAAGCGUUCGGUAACGCUCGGACACCAAAAAAUCACAACUCUAGUCGCUUCGGAAAAUUGCUUGAAUUAUACUUUAAGGAUGGCGCCUUAGCUGGCGCCAGAGUUGCUCAUUAUUUAUUAGAAAAAUCUCGUAUAGUCACCCAGUCUCCUGGGGAAAGAAAUUAUCAUGUAUUUUAUGAAUUACUAGCUGGUUUGGACGAAGAACAGAGAAAAGCGCGAGGUCUGCUAACGGCAGAGCAUUACUUCUACUUGAAUCAAGGAGGAGAUUCUAACGGGGCCGGGGCGGGCGCAGACUGGUCAGCACUAUGCGGUGCUAUGCAAGUUCUGGGGAUCGGUGACGCUGAACGCGAAGACAUAAUAAAAGUCCUAGCAGCCGUGCUACAUUUGGGGAAUGUUUACUUCCACAGAAGACAGCUUCGUCACGGGCAAGAAGGCGUUCAACUUGGUGGUGGCGCCGAAGUCCGUUGGGCAGCGCAUUUGUUAAAACUGCCAGCUGAAGAAUUAGCGAGAGCUUUAACUACAAGAGUAACGGCUGCGAGAGCUGAAAGAAUGCGAUCCCCGUUACCCAUAGAUCAGGCUCUGGACGCAAGGGACGCGUUCGCUAAAGCGCUGUACUCAUCGCUAUUCAACUGGCUAGUACUUCGAAUAAACUCGAUUGUCCACCGCGGUGGCUUGCACGACGCGUACAGAAUAUCUCUCCUAGAUAUCUUCGGUUUCGAAGACUUGGAAGAGAAUUCCUUUGAGCAGCUGUGUAUAAACUACGCGAACGAAACGCUACAACAUUAUUUCAAUAAGCAUAUAUUUAAAUUGGAGCAACAAGAGUAUCAGAAGGAGAGACUGGAAUGGUCACAGCUGACUUGGAAUGAUAAUUCGCCUGUAAUUCAGCUGUUGAGCAAGAAACCCGUAGGUAUUUUACACCUAUUGGAUGACGAGAGCAACUUCCCCCGAGCGUCUGACGCCUCUUUCUUGGAAAAGUGCCACUAUAAUCAUGCACUCAACGAAUUAUAUUCGAGGCCACGGCUGGGUGCUAAUGAGUUUGGGGUGAAACACUACGCUGGCCAAGUGUGGUACAACGUGGAAGGUUUCCUCGACAAGAACCGGGACGCGCUCCGAGCUGAUGUUCUGGAGCUCUUAUGCAGCAGUGAAGUGCCGUUAGUUGCUGAAAUGUCUGCGCAGUUGAGGGCCCACCAUGAUGCAAAUAAGACAUUGCCGCGAGGCGCUAAUGGCCGCUUCGUUACCAUGAAGCCGAGGACCCCCACUGUUGCAGCGAGGUUCUCAGACAGUCUGCAGCAGUUAGUGGAGUCCAUGUCCCGCUGCAACCCCUGGUUCGUCCGCUGCAUCAAGCCCAACACUGACAAGUCCAUGCGCUUCGACAUGCCGUGCGUGCUGACACAGCUGCGCUACACCGGCAUGCUGGAUACAAUUCGGAUGAGACAAAUGGGAUAUCCAGUUAGGAUCCCAUUCCAGGCGUUUGUGGAGAGAUAUAGAUACCUUCUGAAAUCGAUGCCGGCGCGCUCUACGCCGUACCGCGAGAUUUGCAACUCCAUCCUCGUUGGAAUGCCACCUACUGGAGCUGUGGGGGCAGACUUCCAGCUAGGCGCAGCCCGUGUAUUCAUUCGCGAGGCAUUACACCGAGCCCUAGAAAGAGCUCGCGCUGACAAACUGAGAGCUGCUGCUACCACACUACAGGCCCAUGUGAGAGGGUAUCUAGCCAGAAAGCGCUACUACCAAAUGCAAGACUCGGCCAUCCGGAUACAAUCCUGGUGGAAGGGCUCCCGGGAGCGUGCCACUUUCCUCACCGCGAGGCGGGGGGUGGUGCGCGCCCAGGCGCUGGUGCGGGGGCGCCAGGCCAGGAAGAGAGUGGCGGCCAUGAAGGAGCAGAUGAGGAGGAGGCUGGAGGCUCAGCAGGCGGCUGCUAAGCGCCGCGCAGCAGAACAAAAGGCGAAGGCAGAAAGUUUGCAAGUGCUUGAAGUUCCAGCUGAAUUGGCUUUCAUUCUGUCAAAAAUGGAUGAGUGGCAACCGCCACAUACCGAGAGGAAUAUUACUAAGAUAACAGACGUCUACUCAGAAGAAGAACGCAUCCAGCUACCAAAGGACCUUCACCAGUUCGCGUUCUCCAAGUUCAGCUCGGUCUACUUCGCGGAUGGAGGACAACUUGGGCCAAGGAAACAUCCCAUAACCAAACCUAUUUUAUCCAAAGCUGCUGUUAGGGAUCAGGACUUUAACGAUGCUGUAGCGGUAUUCAAGUUGAUAUUGAGAUGGUGCGAUGAAUCCGCGUCAGGAAAAGAAACUAGGCAGAAGCUGAUCGCAGACUACAUAGCGUCCAAGGGCAUGAACUCCCGUGGUCUCCGGGACGAGGUGCUGGUGCAGCUGUGCAGCCAGGACGCGCGCGCCUCGCCGCUGCUGACGCACUGCCUCGCCGCCUUCCCGCCUGGAGCCGCUCUGCAUAAGUACCUAGUUCGCCUGAUAUCCGAGCGCUACGAAGGUGCAGAGAGAGAACGCAUGUUACGUCUUGUAUGCGGAAGCGAAGCGAACGCGGCGCGUGCACAUGGCGUGGCGAGGCGAACUCCGCCUACGUUACUGGAGUGGAGAGCUAAUAAGGAACAAGCUAGACCUGCCCUGGCUCUGCAUUUGCCCACAGACCGCGUAGAGAAAGUGUGCGUAGACUCAUGGACGACGUGUGAAAAAGCCGCAGCCGCCGCUCUGGCCGCUGCCGGCAUCGCGCGGGACGCUACGGGCUGGUCCGUCACUUUAGAGCAUAAUGGACAGCUUACUGAAUGGGCGGGCUGCGACUACAUUCUGGACGCCGUCGGCGAGAUGGAAACCGUGCCCGCAUUGGCGGGGCGAAACGCCCUCCCCCCCGCGGCGCCCGCGCGGCACACUCCCCCCGCGCCUCCGCCACGAGCUUCGUCGAUUGAUAGCGAGAGAACGCUUCGUCCACAGGUGCCACCGCCAGAGCCACCAAAAUCCAGAUCACCAAGCAUCCAGCGGAUCUUACAAGACUCCAUCGACGAGAACUCCGAAUACAACUGGAAAAUGGAAACCAAAAACGAAUAUUCCAGAAAGGUUUCGCACGACAUACUCUCCCGUGAAUCUGCGCUCAACGAAAGAUACUUCGAGCAGCAGAGCGACAAAGUCCGCAGCCGUUCACUUGAUAACCUGUUAGGUGACAACCCUGUACCGCAACCUUCGAAGCUAUCCGACCUAGGGUUGUCACAAUCGCGUUUGAACGACAGAUACCACUCGGUGGAGCGGUUGGCGCCAAGUGUAGGAAGCAGUAAGGGAGAGGAGUACUCCCGCGUACUUCCCCCGCGGUAUAUAAAAUCGCAAUACGCUGGGAAACGCGCGCCGGCUGGCUCGCAGUCUAGUCGCGCGUAUAUUGAGAAGAGUUCGGAGUUUGGCGGCGUUAGGUCAUCAGCGAUGUCAGACACGUCAGAAGCGCCGUCGCUGGCAUCGCACGUGCGGCGCGUGCGCGUGCCGAGCCAGGCGUCUGACGUGGACCAGUUCCUGGACGACCUGUUCUCGCCCGUCCUGGACCCGAACAUUGAUGAGCUGUCUGAUGCUAGAUCUCUAGCAGCCAGCAUCAAGGGAGGCAAAGAUUACGACAAAUUCAUCGACAACAUCCUCACUUGUUCAUACAGCGAACAACUCGACAUUUUGAGCUCUGAAGAUUUAGAAUAUAACAUUAAGGGAGGUGGUAAGGAAGAAAAACAGCCUAGUCGUAAGGAAUCCAACGUAGAUUCCGUAGAUGAUUACAUAACUAAUCUAUUUGAUCCGAUUUUCUUGAACGACAGUCUAAAAAGACUAACGGAUGGGGAGAGUUUAUCAGGGGCUAUUAAAGGCGGUGGCGCUACACCAAGAGCUGCAUCAGCGAAUACAUCGGCUUUAAGCUUUGGAGCUAUGUCCAUGCCUCCCUCAAUGCCAGCAAUGCCAGCUACUCCAGAAGCAUUAGCUGCAGCGUUGGGCUUGCACCUCCCCCCACCAGGCACAGUGGACAUCAACGCCUACCACCAGAAUCUACAACGAGCCUUCCUACAAAACGCAAUGGCGCAAAACUUGCAAAUACAACAGCAAUUACUGGCUCAGAAUCAAGCUUUACAAACGUUGCUCGCUGGUCAAGUGGUGGAGCCGGAAUCAGCUCCCACAUCGCCAGUUCGAUCCUCGACUGUAGUUCAUGCUCAAGUACAUUCCCCACCCAGAAAUACACCGAAAGCAAGGCGAGAAUCUAAUGAAAGUGCUUCUACAGGAGCUCCACCGCCCCCACCACCGCCCAUGCCCCCUCCACUCCAUGAUAUGGAUCCAUCCGAAGCUAGACCUUUCAUAGACCCAUACGGUCGGGCAAAAACAGUUCGAAUAGGGAAGUGGAGAUGGCCACCUCCAAAAGACGCAGUGCCACAAGACACCACGCAAGAUUUUACUAAAUUUAAACUGCGACAAAUACAGAGGAGACAUACUCCGCAAGCGCAAACUAACGGUGAACACGAACCGAGAGGCAGAUCUCGUUCCGAAGUGUCCCCUGGAAUUGAAUGGGAAGAAUUCGAGGUUGACGGCCAACCGUCACCGAGAGAACCGCCUUCACAAAGAACUGCGCGACGCAGCUUCGAAAUCGGCGCUCAACGACCUUCUCCAGGCAGCGUUGGUAAAUUAAAGCUCAGUUCUGAAAUGCGACAACGGUUGGAACGCGUGACCGCUAACCAUUCUGUUCGAAGUUCGUCUUCGAACGCGGAAACGCCGCGCACUAUAAACAAAUUGGAAGACACGAGAAAGUUAAUGCUGGAAAGACAAUUGGGAGGUGGGCCGAGAUGGGAUGCGCCUCCUCCGCCCUUACCGCCCGCUCCUCCCGGCCCAGCACCUCCACCACCAACCUCCCCUCCUUCUCCUCCAGACAAACCUGCGCCCCCACCUCCAUCGGACACAUCUACUUUUGCUCAACUUAGACGUGACAGAGAUACAUUCGGAGUUCAUCAAAACAGAGAGGCUGACGAUCGUCACAACUUCUUAGCCAAUUGGAGCUCACGGCGUAAAGAAGACAAUGAGUCACAAGCGGACGAUUUAGCAGCACGGUUCUUAACUUCCGAUCGUCGAGAUAAACAGCAUCGGAGAGAUGAUUGGGGUGAUGAAUCAGAAACCAGGAGUUAUGACGAUAAAGGCCGUGACGAAUGGGAUUCAGAGAUAGGUAGAAGAGACCAGGAUAAUUUCUCAGGGCGAGAUGCGUCCGAGAUUUAUGAAAUAUCUCCAAUGCGUACUGAAAGGAAGGAGGAAUUCGACAGGAACAUGUUCGUUGAUGACUUCGAGCGUUACGACGGAAGGAAAAAUUCCCGGGAUAUGCUCAUGGGAAGGACCAGGGAGAGUCCGCGGUCGGAUGUGGUCUUCCCCCCGGACAAUGGGGACACAUUAAAGAGGAACGAGCGACCGACAUUCAAAACGCACAUGGCGCAAAAGGAAAGGGACAGAAAGAUGGAGGCGGAAAGGAGACAGUCCGUAUCCACACACGUCACGGAUAAAACUGAACAUCUUGAACGCGACGCGCCGGCGCCCGCCGCGUUCCUGCCGCUGGAGCGCGCCCCGCACGUGACGUACGGCCGCGUGCCGUGGAAGCUGCGCGUGCGCAAGGAGGUGUUCGCGCCGCUUGACAACUACUCCGACCCGGCGUUGCUCGAUUUGUUGUAUGCGCAGAUCGUGAGCGACAUAACGUCCCCGCUGCCGUCGCUGCGCAUCUCGUCCGCCGAGCGUCGCGCGGGCACGGCGUGGCUGCGGCAGCACGCGGGGCCGCCGCGCGCGCUCACCAAGCGGCGCUGCGUGGAGCUGGCCCGCGCGUGGCCGUUCUACUUCGCGCGGCUCUACGCGGCGCGCCUGCCGCCCGGCGACGCCGCCGUGCUCGCCGUGUCGCACGCCGCCGUCACCGUGGGCGUGCGCGGCGCGGGCGGGCUGGUGGUGAAGCGCUCGCUGCCGCUGGGCGGGCUGCGCGCGGCGCUGCCGGCGGCGGGCACGCUGCAGCUGAGCGCGGGCGCCGCGUCGCUCACGCUGCACGCGCACAACGCGCACAACGCGCACUCGCUCAUCACCGAGUUCGUGCUGCAGCACUCGCAGAUACAACCAAAACCAACGUCUAACGGAACGACAAACACGAAAGAGAGAAUAUCGGAGAGAGAGACACGCGAACGAGAAAUUCGUGAAACGAGAGAAGCGAGAGAGUCCAGAGAAUCUCGAGAAUCUAGAGAAUCCAGGGAUUCUAGAGAUUCUAGAGAAAUAAAAGAAUCAAGGGAGAGUCGGGAUGAAUCUGAAAUAGAAAGACGUGCCAGCCCACCGCGGGAGAGGGAAAGAGAUCGAGAUAGGGAAUUAAGGGAGGAGAGAAGGGAACAGCAGCACGAUGGUAGACACCCGUUGCUGCAGUUUGCAGUUGAUCACUUCAGGCAGAGUCCUGAAUUAGAGGUCCUCAAAGCGGACUCCUCUUUGAAAAGCAAAGCGAAACGUAACGAAUGGACGUGGAAAGCGCAAACGGACGUUGUGAAAUGGCAGGCUACGCCCCUCCGAGCGCCGCUGCUGCGACUCCCUGCAGCGCUCGCCCCUCCAGCCUUGGAGUGCUUCACUUGCAUACGAGCGUACUGUGGAGACCUGCAGCCGCCCGAGAGGGCCCUGCACCAGGAUCUGACUGAAGUGAAAUGCGUGUAUACUGUGCUUAUGCAUUGCCACUCCGUACCUGAACUCCGCGACGAAGUGUACUGCCAGCUGAUGAAGCAGACCACGUCCAACCGGUCGCAGACGCCGGACUCGUGCCAGCGCGCCUGGCGGCUCAUGUCCAUACUCGCUGCGUACUUCACUUGCUCCGAUACGCUCAGGCCAUUCCUGGUGGAAUACUUGUCUGCAGCGGCGGCGGACCGGCGACGGCCGUGCCAGGGCACCGCCGCCGUGUGCCUCGCCAACUUCCGGAAGACCAUCCGCUGCGGCGGCCGGAAGAACGUACCCAGUAUUGAGGAGGUGAGGUGGAUCAGGAUGAUAGGAGUCUCGACCAAAUAAAAGGUUCCGAAUCCAUCAGUGAUAGAGCGCGUCGUCAACACGCGCUGCGCCACCACCGUGCAGGACAUCGUCGACGAGCUCUGCGACCUGAUCGGCGUGCGGGCGGCGGGCGAGCGCGGCGAGUUCUCGCUGUACUGCAUCGUGUCGGGCGACGCGCUGACGAUGCCGCUGGCGGGCGACGAGUACGUGCUGGACGUGACCACGGAGCUGCAGCGCGCGCACCACCCCUUCUACCUCAUCUUCUGCCGCUCCGUGUGGCACCACCCGCUGCGCGCCGACGCGCCGCCGCUCUACACCGAGGUGCUCUUCAACCAGGUGGCGCCAGACUACCUCGAGGGUCUGCUGCUCGUGCUCCCCGGCGGAGGGCCCCCCGCGGCCAACGUGCUGCGGGACGCGGCCACCGUCGCAGCCCUACUUCACCGAGCCGCCGCCCUCGCGGAGCCCCCGCACCCGCGCGACCUCAAGUUCCUGCUGCCGAAGCCGCUGCUGGCGCUGCGGGACCCCAGGCCCAACAAGUGGGCCUCCUGGGUGGCUGCGGAGUGGCCGCAGGCGAGGGCGCUCUCGCCGCAAGCCGCCAAGUCUAAAGUGCUACAGGUGCUGUCCCGCUGGCCGCUGUUCGGCUCGUCGUUCUUCGCGGUGCGGCGCGUGGGCGGCGGGGGCGGCGCGGGGGGCGGCGCGGGGGGCGGGGGCGGCGCGGGCGGGGCGGGGGGCGAGUGGCGCGAGCUGGUGCUGGCGCUGAACCGGCGCGGCGUGCACCUGCUGCUGCCGCACUCGCACGACACCGACACGCACUGGCCGCACGCCGACCUCAUCUCCACCAGGAAGGUGCGGUCGGAGGACGGCACGCUGUUCCUGGACAUCAAGUGCGGGUCGCUGCUGCAGCAGCGCGUGACGCGGCUGCAGGCGGAGCAGGCGCACGAGAUCGCGCGUCUCAUCCGCCAGUACAUCGCGCUGCAGCGGGAGCAGCGCCACGACGAUAUGAACAGCCAGUAAGAAGGGACGAGCAAACAAACGCACAACGAUACCUCAACAUUCCGUCCUUGCAGAGUAAAAUGAUAAUAGGAUUUUUGAUGCGAUUUUGCUGAUUGUGUAGCUCACUUCUAUUUUCAUUUUAGUCAUGAUAUAUAUAGUUUAGUUAAGCGAUGUAAUAUAUUCGAUAAUUUAUCUUAUAUUUAACCAAAAACAUGUCACAAUUUAUUUUAUCAAUUCUUCUCUUUCUAUCUUUAACUUUUAAAAUCUUCCUUUCCUGUACUGAAAUAAUAAAAAAUGCGUAUGGAAUUCGUAUUAUUAUGAUAUAAUAUUGUUAUUUCCAUUACCAAUAUAUUCUGAAUGAAAUAUUAAAUGCAUGCCCUCCGUCUAUAAAGGUGCUAUUUACGAAAAUAUGCGAAUAUAUAAAUAAAUACAUAACAUGGUCGUGUAACCCAGGUCUUAUUUAUAGUCUAGAUUUAAUCCAAAGACCAAAUAGGUCGGAGUCAUGUUUAUUAUUGUUAAAGAUAAUAAUUUACGAUGUAAUUAUUAUGAUACGAAAUGUUUUGUAGAUAUCAAUAAAGGUAUGCAGUUUUA